AUUUCUUUUAGCAAAAAUAUAUAAUUAUAAUAUUUGACAUGAAAACACUUGAUUGAAAGCCUUUAAUACUAAGCUCGCUCAAAAAGAGUAGGAGAACACCAUUGGCCACACCACACCUUACCUUCUCCAAAUUUCUCAACCAAUCUAGGGUUUCGAAUCCACCCCCAAUUUCGCCUCCUUCUUUAUCGGAAUUAGGUUACGCUUCUAUUUUCCACCAAUCCCCUUUUUCAAUUUUAUAUAUAAAAACCUUGUUUUGCCCUCUAUCUCACUUUUUAUUCCUUAACAAAUUAUCUCUCUUUCUCGCCGGCGUCGGCGACAUGCCGAUGAUGCAAUUCUUUUCCGGCUAGAUUCUCCGCUGCAUCGAGACUGAGAUCGGACCUUUCAUCCAUACAGUACGGACAAGGUCAACUUAUUGUUGGUUGGAGGGUUCUUGGAUUUGUACCUGAGUUGGAUGACCUUAAUUGGAUUCAUCACAAUGCUGGGUUUGAAAAGUACAGAUGGGUUUAUUCGUACGAGCUCUUUUUCCCAUUUGGCUGAAUGGCAUCCACUGGAAUAGCAAAGCUCAUUCGGGCUCCAGGCCCCUUCUCCUCCUGUAAAAUCAGGUUUUUAAAUUGAAGUAUUUUGCAGUUGGAAGUUCUAAUUACUAACCACCGAAAACACCAAGUUUCUCAUGUUGAGUAAGAGUUGUUCUAUUGCUAAAAUGAUGGGUUGCUGUAGUUGUUUUGGCUUCACCAGAAAGCGUAAACCAGCCAAGCCUUCUUCUGGCUUUAAUAAUCGCCUUUCACAAGAGUUAUUAUUGGAAGGAGGAGGAGAUACGGAAGAUGAUGAUAAUUGUUCAUCAAAUGACGAUUUAAUUAACAGCGACCAUUGUGAAGAGAGUGAGCCACAAACUCGCACCAAACGUUCAGAAGAUAUCCUUCACAUUAGGGCAGAGAAUGGAAUGAUUUGCAGGCAAUGCCCUGUCAAGGAAACCCAUAGACUUGUUCGAGCAGAGGACGAAUAUGGGAAUAAGACAAUCAAUGAAUAUGUCCGCGAGUGUAAGAUUGGUGCCGGUAGCUACGGGAAAGUGGUUCUUUAUCGAAGCCGCGUUGAUGGAAAGCAUUAUGCAAUCAAGGCCUUUCAUAAGUCUCAUUUGUUGAAACUGCGAGUUGCACCAUCAGAGACAGCUAUGACUGAUGUCUAUCGUGAGGUCCUAAUCAUGAAGAUGCUGAACCAUCCCAAUAUAGUCAAUCUUGUCGAAGUCAUUGAUGAUCCAGAAACUGAUCACUUUUAUAUGGUUCUCGAGUAUGUUGAAGGCAAAUGGGUAUGUGAGGGUUCUGGUCCAGCUUCUGGCUUAGGAGAAAGUACUGCUAGGAAGUAUUUGCGGGACAUAGUUUCAGGGCUAAUGUACCUUCAUGAUCAUAAAAUAGUUCAUGGUGAUAUUAAACCUGAUAAUUUACUGGUUACACGUCAUGGUACAGUGAAGAUAGGAGACUUCAGUGUUAGCCAAGUUUUUGAGGAUGAUAAUGAUGAGCUACGGCGAUCUCCCGGGACUCCUGUUUUUACUGCACCAGAAUGUUGUCUAGGUGUGACUUAUAGAGGUAGAGCAGCGGACACAUGGGCCGUAGGCAUCACCUUAUACUGUAUGAUUUUGGGGCAAUACCCGUUUCUCGGAGAGACACUACAAGAUACAUACGAGAAGAUUGUUAAUAACCCUAUAAUACUUCCCGAUGAUAUGAACCCAGAAUUGAAGAAUUUAAUAGAAGGGAUUCUUUGCAAAGACCCAUUACAAAGGUUGAGUCUUGAAGCUAUUGCAGAACAUCCAUGGGUAAUCGGAGACCACGGACCGCUCCCUCAGUACUUAUGUUGGUGCAAACGAAAGAGACCACAAGAAGAGUUUGAUGGGAACAAAGAUGAUAUAGUUUCAUAAUAUUAGUAACCCAUACUGACUAAAUUAUUUUAGGUUGGUUUUGUUUCUGUACAGUUCAUCAUAUUCCUAUUUAUUUGCCUUUAUUUAAAUCUUAUUAGCAAAAACUGGUGAUUGUCUGUCUUGGAUUUAUAUUUUUUAUUUUUAUUUUUGGCAAAUUUUCUUGGUUUCCAUUUGUACCUUUUGGUGUUCUUAUUCUAUUUUUUUUUGACAGUA